UCUCCCACGAUGACUACUACGCGCAUCUGGGCGCUUUCCGUCGACGACCGUCAAGCUCUUAUCAAGGCUGCCUUUGAGGCAAAGGAGCAUUCGUACAGUCCUUACUCAAAGUUCCCUGUCGGUGCCGCUUUAAUGGCUGCAGACGGCUCCAUCAUCAAGGGUGCUAAUAUCGAGAAUGCAUCCUAUGGCGGGACUAUCUGUGCUGAGCGAACGGCCAUUGUCAAAGCGGUCAGUGAAGGCGUCAAGUCAUUCAUUGCACUCGCCGUCACGACCAAUGUACCGGCCACAAUCUCGCCCUGCGGUAUGUGUCGUCAGGUCAUUCGUGAAUUCUGCGCCCUCGAUAUGCCUGUGCUCCUGGUACCUGGAGAUUAUCCUAAAUCACCAGACGACAAGACAGACGAAGGAAAGUCUGGUAUGACUGAGGGUGGUGUGCGGGAGACGAGUAUUGGCGAAUUGCUUCCUGAUAGUUUUGGGCCGGAGCAUUUAGAACUUCCUAGGAAGUGACCAGAUCAGCCGCUCAAAUGUUUCCAUUAUAACGACCGCUACCAACAUGCCAACAUGCUAUCUAGAAGGAAAAUACAUCAUGAAGACGUUUU